AAGGAAAAAUUGAGAUCAAUGGGCUAACAAGCUUGGAAGUUAGCCCAACAGUUAAUUAAGUCGAACUUAUUGGAUCAACGAAGCCAAAGCUACAACUCAUAUUCUCCCACUAUUUACCAAUUUGUAUGUACUUGUAUAUUUUUUUUUUCUAUCAGUCAGUAUAGUUGAUGAUGUGGAUGUGAUAUCAACGAACCACCCUGUGUGUUUGAGGGUUUAAAUAAGUGAGGUGUGUUUUUAAAAUUACAAAAAAAGAAAAGGGUUAAAAAUUAUUAUCUAUAAUUAAAAUUCAAAUUUAAGAUUAUUGAUGAUUUAUUUUAUCGAAAUUGAAGAUAGUUAAAAAAUUAUAAACAAUGAGUUCACGAGCUCAUAGCCCUGACUAUGAUGAAGAAAAUAGUCGACGUCAACGGGGCAAACGUAGUCGUGGUGUUAGUCCAUCUUCAAGUUAUAGAGGAUCAAGUCCACCUCGUCGUGGAGUGAGUCCAACUCAAAAUAAUCGUCGUGGAGUAAGUCCACCUCAAAAUAAUCGUCGUGGAGUAAGUCCACCUCAAAAUAAUCAUCGUGGAGUAAGUCCAACUCAAAAUAAGAGUCGUGUAGUAAGUCCAACAAGAAGUGAAAGUUUUGAAUUUCACGAUGAUAUAAAUGAAGAUGAUUUUAAAAAACAUAAUCGUCAACAUGAAUUAAAUAAUCGAAAAAAAAUUGAUACUCAUAAUAAACAAAAAAAUAUCAUAAGAAAUAAUGAUGACACAAGAGGUGGAAAACCAUCUAGAGGACCACUUCAAUCACUUGACAGUAUUCGUGAUCCAGAAAAACGUUAUUUAUUUCAAGAAGUCAUUGGUCGAGGAAUUUGUGGAACUGUACAUUUGGCAAUUGACACUGAAGCUGAUAAUAAAAAAGUUGCUGUUAAAGUACAGAGUUUAACACCUGAUAAUCAACCAAUAAUUGUUGAAGAAUACAAAGUAUAUCGUGAUUUUGGUGGUCAUCAUCCAAAUUUACCUGAAUUUUAUGGAAUUUAUCGUAAAAGAACAUUAAAAAAAGGCGAAUAUGAUGAAAUAUGGUUCGUUUUGGAGUUUUUUGAUGGUGGAACAGUCAUGGAUCUUGUUCGUAGUCUUGCAAAGACAGAAAAAAAAUUACGAGAAGAACAUAUUGCCUAUAUUCUCAAAGAAACAAUAAAGGGACUUAUAUUUCUUCAUGAAAAUAAUAUAAUACAUCGUGAUGUACGUGGUAAUAAUAUUAUGUUAACAAAACAAGGUCAAGUUAAAAUACUUGAUUUUGGUUUAUCAAAAAUGACUAAAGGUCAUAUGGGAAAACGUCAAACAAGUAUUGGUUCACCAUGUUGGAUGGCACCAGAAGUUGUUACAAGUAUUGGUAAUAAACAUGAUGGUUAUACUGCUAGAUCAGAUGUAUGGUCUGUUGGUAUAACUGCCAUUGAAAUGGCUGAUGUUAAAGCACCAUUUCAAGAUAUACAUCCAACAAGAACGCUAUUUCAAAUUGUUAGAAAUCCACCACCAAAUCUUCAUAGACCAAUUAAUUGGUCGGAAAAUUUUAAUGAUUUUAUAUCAGAAUGUUUAGAAAAAAAUCCAGACAAUCGUCCAGCCAUGCAAGAAAUAAUUGAACAUCCAUUUUUAAGUGAACUUCCAGAAAAUGAUUAUCAGAUGACUCAAGAUAUACGAGGAUUAGUAUUGAGUAUGAUUGAACAAGGACCUGUAACAAGACCACCAGAAACAAUGGUUCGAAAUGGCUAUCUCAAGACUGAUAGAUCAUUGCCAGGUGAAGUUAUGCUGUCUGAAGAUUUAGCAGGUUUAGAAGUAUUAACUGAAGAUACAAUUCUUGAUGAGCUACAUGAUAGACUACGUCGUGGUGAAUUUCAAACAUUUAUUGGUGAUAUAUUAGUUAUAUUAAAUCCAAAUGAAAUUCAAGAUAUUUAUGGUUUUGAGUAUCAUGAAAAAUACAACUACAAAUGUCGAUCAGAAAAUGCACCUCAUAUUUAUUCAGUUGCUGAUCGUGCAUAUCAAGAUGUUCUUCAUAAUCAAGAGCCACAAAGUAUACUAUUUGCUGGUGAAACAAAUUCAGGAAAAACAACAAAUGUCUUGCACUUAAUUAGACAUUUAAUGUACAUUGGAAAGAGUAUGAAAGACAUUGGUGUAAGAGUUAUGAGAGCAAUUGAUUUGAUUCAUUCAUUUACACAAGCAUCAACUCCAUUAAAUUCAAAUUCAACAAGAUGUGUAUUACAAACACAAAUAACAUUUGGAUCAACUGGUAAAGCAUCUGGUGCAAUAUUUUGGUUAUAUCAAUUGGAAAAAUGGAGAGUUUCUACAUAUGACAAAAAUCAAUCAAAUUUUCAUAUUUUUUAUUAUCUUUAUGAUGGACUUGAAGCAAGAGGUAAAUUAAAUGAUUAUUCUUUACCACCUGGUAGACGUUUACGUUAUUUAAGAAUUGCUGAUAAAGCAAGUGGCAAUAAAAGAUCAUUUAAAAUAAGAAAUGAUCCACAAGGAAAUUCAUUAAAAUACGAUGAAAUUAAUGAUUCUCUUAAAUUAAUGGAAAUGGAUGAACAUUUAGAAUUUAUUUGGAAAACAUUGGCAGGAAUAUUACUACUUGGUGAAAUUAAAUUCACUGAAGAUACAAAUGGUGGUGCUGAAAUACAAAAUAACGAUAUAGCUAAUACUGUUGCAAGUCAUUUGGGAGUUGAUAAAAAAAAAUUUUUAUGGUGCUUGACAAAUUACUGUCUUAUAAAAAAUGGAUCAGCAGUUCGUAGAAAACAAACAUGUAAUGAAGCCAAAGAAUCAAGAAAUGUAUUGGCAAAUACUUUGUAUCAACGUCUUGUUGAUUGGAUUAUCAACAAUAUAAAUAUGAAAAUUUCAAUGACAAGAACAUUGUUUGGUGAUAAAUUUGUGAUAAAUGUUAUGGAUCUAUUUGGCUUUGAGUGUUUUUCAGUAAAUAGAUUGGAGCAAUUAAUUGUCAACACAAUGAAUGAACAAUUACAGUGUUAUUACAAUCAAAAAAUUUUUGCCUGGGAAACACAAGAACUUGAAGAAGAAGAUAUUCGUGGUCAUACAUUACACUACUAUGAUAAUCGUGAAGCAAUAAAUCAAUUAAUUGGUAAAAAUCAUAGUUUAUUUCAAAUGCUUGACUUAGCAUCAAAAGAAUUUGAAAAUGAUGAUUAUUUACUUGAAAAAAUAAAACAACGUGCUAAAACUGUACACAUUAAAUCAACUGGACAUCAUGAAUUUACAAUUGCUCAUUAUACGGGUAAAAUAAUGUAUGAUUCAAGUGAUAUGAUUGAAAAAAAUCGUGAUUUUGUACCACCAGAAAUGACAAAUACAAUGAGACAAUCAAUUGAUGAAAAUAUCAAACAAAUAUUUACAAAUCAAUUAACAAAAGCUGGUAAUUUAACAAUUUCAAAUAAUGAUUUAAAUGUAUUACAAAAAAAAACAGUAACAAAAAUACGAAGAGGUCCAAUGUUGGUUACUCAAGAGCUUCCAAAAUUACGAAGCUACAAUACACCAUCAAAAGGACAAUUUUCACAAACAAGAAAAAUGAGAACAUGUGCAUCAACAUUUAGAUCAACAAGUCUUGAAAUAUUAAAAAAUUUAUCAGCUGGUAGUGGUGGUACACAUUUUGUUAGAUGUAUACGUGCUGAUUUAGAUAGAUCACCACGUGGUUUUUAUAGAGAAGUUGUUAGACAACAAAUAAGAGCACUUGCAUUACUUGAUACAUCAAAAGCACGACAACAAGGUUAUUCACAUAGAAUAUCAUUUCAAGAAUUUUUAAGAAGAUACAAAUGUCUUGCAUUUGAUUAUGAAGAAAAUGUUGAUACAACAAAAGAUAAUUGUCGUUUAUUAUUAAUUCGAUUAAAAAUGGAAGGUUGGAUGAUUGGUAAAACAAAAGUAUUUUUAAAAUAUUAUAAUGAAGAAUAUUUAUCACGUUUAUAUGAAACACAUGUACGUAAAAUUAUUAAAAUUCAAAGUAUGCUUAGAGCUGUAUUAGCACGUAAAAAAGCUGAUAAAGAAGCUAAAAAAAAAAAAAUUACAGUUAAAAAAAAUACAAAUUUAAAUAAUCAAAAUAAAGCUAGUCGUGAAAUGUCAGAGGAUCAAGCAGCAGUUAAAAUUCAAAGUACAUUUAGAGGACGUAAAGUUAGAAAAGAAAUACAUGGUGAAUUUGAUGAAGAAACACGACAAUUUAUAAGUCAUUAUGGAUACAAAUGGAAAUCAAAAAGUAUAUUUCAAGUUUUAUUAAAUUAUCGAUCAGCACGUUAUCAUGAUUUGGUUCAAUUUUCACAACAAGUUCAUUUAUUUAAUCAAGCACUAGUUGGUAAUCUUCAUCAACAACAAGAACAACAUGUUAAUUUUAAUGAUAUAAAUCCAAGAAUAAAAAGAUCUGAUUUUGCUGAUAAAAUGCCAAGAACUGUUUAUAAAUUACCAUUUGAUUUGGCAAGUGAAUUUAAUUCAACAAAAACAACAUAUAUCAAUGAAAUGUCAAAGGGUAGAAGACGACCUGGUUCAAAUAAUUCAUCAGGAUCUGAUGAAGAUAUUGAACCUUGGGAUACACCAUUACAUAGAAAACCAGAAUUUGGAAAUAAUCGUAAUAAAAAUAGACGUGAUAUUGGAAUACAAACAUCUAAUUCACCACAUCGUUCAUCAAAAGCACCACUUAAUCGUGGUGAAAGUAUAAUAUAUACACCAUUUACAAGAGAUCCAAAUGUACCAAUACAAUUACCACCAGAUAAUUCAUCACAAAAAGGACAAAUUAAUUCUUCUACAAAUAGAGUAUUACUGCCAUCUGUUAAUUCUCAUAUUCCACGUUCAAAUAUAAAUCACGGUCGUAAUGAUUCAAUUCGUUCGAGAAAAAAGAUGCCACCACCACCAGUACCAAUGAAUCAAAAUCGUAAUCAAUAUAAUGAAGAUGAUAAUUGGCAAUAUGAUGAUAGAUCAAAACAAAAUGCAACAAAUAUUAAUCGUGUUAAUCCAAUAAAUGAAUUAAAAACAAUGGCACGUGAAAGUAAUGCUGUUUACGAUAACACAGAUGAUGAACCACCAUUUAAUUUUCAGGCAAUGCUGCGAAAAACACCACAUCAUCGUGAUUCAAUGAAGCGAACACCAAUUUAUGAGAGCUAUGACAACAAGCCAACAGGUCCAAGAUCGUUUGUACAAUCGUCAUCAACAAAUCAUCGUAACCACGAAAUAUCUUCCAGGCCCAGAGGUGAUCCUGUGCCAAUCGCAAAUAAACGAGCUAGCAGCCAACAAGAAUCACCAGAGUGGAGUCCAAAUGAAAUGGUAAGAAUGUCAGAAAAAUAUGGACGUCAAGAUGAUGAUGACAAGGAACAUGACAAUGUCAAUGGAUUUGAUGAUAAUAAAACAACACUACUUGCAUCGGAUGGAUUGUCAUUGGUUGAAUUAGCACCAGGAGUUACUGUUAAGGGAUACAUUGCCGAUCUUUGAUGAUAAUUAUUUUAAAAAUAUUUUUAAAAUAAUUAUCAUCAAUCAAAAAAAUAAUGUCAAAUUUAAUAAUUAUGUUUAUGAAAAUACUUGUGUUAUAAAUAUAUUAUCAAAAUUAUAAAUUUCUUCAUAGCAAAAAAUAAUUGUUGCAUUAAUUAUUAAUAAAAAUAAAUAAACAAAAAUAUAAAAAAUUUAUGGAAAAUAAUAUAUUAUAAUCUAUCAGUGUUGAUGAAAAAAAAAAAAUUCAGUUGUAAAUUGACCUAUUGUGGUGUUUACAAUGAAUUUCUAAUUAAAAAUUAAAAAUUAAAAAUAUUUAUUGAUAAAAUAACCAAUAAACUAAAUGAAUAUUAAUAAAA